UUCUCGCAGCAGAAUUGUGAAAUGAAUUGGAAGUUGAACAGCGCAAUCUCUGCCAAACUGGGCAGAUGCAUCCAGCAGCUGGGCAGCCGCUGCGGACGCAUUUGCCCCACGAGGCAGAAGAAUGGCGCCAACAGGUGCCUGAAUAAUGCCACCAGGAAGAUCGACUGGCAGCGCCGAUAUGGCCUCGAUACGGCGAAUAAAUUCAGAUGUGAUUGCACCGAGAGUUCCCUCAAGCUACGUUGGCACCGAACGAACAGAAAUAUUAUAAUGGCCCUGGCCAGAGUUCUGGACAUCCAGGCGGAUAUCGUCUCCGAUUUCCUGUACACGCUGAGUCUGCAGAACUUUGGCCAGGUGCUGAGGCCACAAGGACGACAACAACUGUCGAGCAGGUGUCGAGUGCCGCUGUCCGACUUGGAUAUUUGCGACACUUAUUGCAGCAUCUUCGAUGGCAGUGGCAACUUGCGUAAUCCUUAUCAUCCGGAAUCGUUGCUCCAGCUAUUGACCAUUCUGCAAUCGGUGCUGAAGGCAGGCAAGGAACUCAAGGAGUCGGCUAAUGCGGCACACGGCAAACUCUUUGGCCAGCAGAACACACAAUCCAGAGGAGAGAGGCUGGCGCAUCGGGCGGGCAUCGGCGAGGAUUCGCUGGCCCGGCAAAAUGGACGCAGACGUCGUUACAGGCUAUACGCGAAUUAUCGUCUCGACGGCUUCGAUACAUUGUUCGAUGUGAAAAAGAAUUUUGCGGCACCAUUUGCUCCCAACUCCGAAGAUCUUGGCUACAGUCGAAAUCCCUUCAUAGCCAACAAAAGGAGCAAUGCACUGGCCCAAGAUCUGGGUGCUGCUGAUGCCAAUCUCUGGCUUUCUAAAUACCCCAAAGAACUGAGUCACGUCGAUAAGUUCAAUAAUCGAUUCUACGGCAAUUAUGCCGCAUACAGCAAGUCAUUGGGUGACGUGGGCCAAGGACGACGGAGUGGCAUUCAUCUGAGGCACUUGAUCAGAAACGUUAAUACCAAAGUUGGCAUUGGACGCGACCCCAGCGACUUGGCCAAUGCGAUGCGGAAACUUGAUCUAAAUGAGGUACAAGUAAACGAAGCGAAUGCAAAGGCCAUGCCAGAUGCGGAUCGAGGUAUGUCGCCGGGUGUAAGGAGCCACAUGCAGCCACCCGGCAAAAAGUGGAAGAUGAACUCGCAUCUGUAUCAUGGGGCACGGACAAUAUCGCAUCAGUAUCAUGAAACGGCAACGGGACGCAGAGUGUCGCCGGGUAUGAAGAAUCACCUCGACUUGUCCGCCAACAAGUCGCACCUGUACUAUGGGGCACAGGUGCCGAUUCUCGCCCACGAACCCUUCAAUCGCUCCAAGCCCUGGACGUGGAUUCGUCGCCAUCCGCGACCCUUGCGAAUGACCCAGAGCGGCGAUGUGGUCAGUCACACUCCGAUUCAUCGAUAUAGACGAGCUUCGGUGGAGCAACAAUUGGAUGCUGCUCGAAAACGCAGCUCCGUUCGCACCAUUUACAGUGACAGAGAUGGCAGCGCUGUCUCCAGCAAUAAGCCAAAUUUAAUUACAAAUCCCCACCAGCCAGUCCAGGCCAAGUACAAAAUUGAUGAAGCACAUACAAGAUUCCGCUGGCCAAAUUGAGCUGUCUCCGUCUGAAGUUAAUCCCUUCGCAAUUGUGUUGGAGAAACCAAUCGAAAUUGAUCCUAAACCCAUAGAAUAUGUCACAAAAGUGAGCCGAAAUAAAUAUAAGUUUAUAUUAGA